AUGCCGUCAGAGGAUGAACAACUAACCGACCCGGUGCCUCGCCGGCCGGCCAUACCGGUACGGCGGUCUGCACCCAGGAGGAUACCGCGCCUUGGCGACCCUAGCGCGCCCUCCGCGGCGUCUGACACCGACACGACGUCGAGCUCCUCGUCGUCGGGGGUUCCCCCUAUUAGACGCCGUCCGAUCCGGACGCGGACGGAGAUGGAUCUUUCCCUUCGGGGACCGAUCCUCGAACAGUCUCAAGAGGGGACUAUCGUGCCCCCGGGCGUGGAGUUUGGGCCGGACUAUGACGGCGACAGACCCUUGCCGGUGCGGACUAGGAAUCCGCGCGACAUACUCGACGACGGUGAACGGGGAUUCAUUGUCGAUCUGAAAAUGAACCUCGAGAUCGAGAUUCAGCUCAAGGCCGCCAUCAUGGGAGAUUUGACGCUUUCUGUGCUGUAA